AUGGUCAUCUCGCAAAGCAACAAUGAGAGCAAUGGCACUCAACAACCAAGAGUUCCAAGCACACAAGGAUAUGGUCAACACCCACUUCACGAUAGAUCACAGAGGCCAUUGAAGGUCAUCAUUGUCGGUGCAGGCCCUUCAGGAAUCGCAGCCUUGAUUGAACUGAAGAAACUCUCGCAUGUUGAGAUUUUAUGCUUCGAGAAGAAUGCUGAUGUUGGAGGAACAUGGCUGGAGACCCGGUACCCUGGCGCCGCGUGUGACGUCGCAAGCCACGCUUACCAGUACUCCUUUGACUACAAGACGGACUGGUCCAGACACUUUUCACCGGCCGAGGAAAUCGGCGAGUACUUCAUCUCAGUGGCGAAGAAACACGAUCUGUACAACAAAAUCACCUUCAACUCCCGCGUAAUCGGCGCCGAGUGGGACGAUAAUACAGGAAUUUGGCGUGUUCAAGUUGAGGGCGACGUUUCGCCUGAGAGUGAUGCUCUCGUCGAAGACCAUCAUGCUCACGUGUUCAUCAACGCAGGCGGCAUCUUGAAUGAUUGGAAGUGGCCUGACAUUGAAGGCUUGCACAGCUUUAAAGGAAAACUGAUACAUACAGCGGCCUGGGACCCUGAAGUUGAUCCAAAAGGCGCGUCUGUCGGCAUCAUCGGUUCUGGCGCAAGCAGCAUACAGGUAGUCCCAAGCAUACAGCCAUUAUGCGACAAAAUCGACGUUUACGUGCGAUCACCUACAUACAUUCUACCAACGGUUGGGUUCGGCAUAGAGUCCUCCAACUUUAACGCGCCAUAUACUGAAGCGGAUAUCGAACGGUUUAACGAAGACCCGGAAUAUUACAAAACGUUCCGAAAGCAGAUCGAACAACAGAUGAAUGAGAACUUUGCUGCUAGCAUCAAGAAUUCGGAAGCGCAGGAGAAGGGCAGACAGUGGGCAGAGAAGAUGAUGAGUUCGGCUAUUGUCUCGCCAGAGCUAAGAGAGAAGCUCAUCCCAAGUUGGGAACUCGGAUGUCGACGUCUGACUCCAAGUCUGCCGUAUCUCAAAGCCAUUCAGGAGCCCAACGUCAAUGUCAUCAGAACAGGCAUUCUCAGGAUCACAGAGAAGGGCAUUGAGACAGAGGAUGGCCAGAUUCACGAAGUCGAUACUCUUAUCUGCGCCACUGGAUUCAACACUUCUUUCUCUUCCAGAUUCAACAUCGUCGGCAAGAAUGGCGUGAGUCUUCGUACGAUGUGGAAAGCUAGAGGUCCAGAGGCAUACCUAGGAAUGGCGAUUGCAGGCCUGCCCAAUUACUUCACGUUGCUAGGACCUAAUUGUCCUAUAGCUAAUGGCUCUCUCAUCCCCUGUAUCGAGUCUAGCGCCAAGUACAUCUCUCAAGCGAUCAAAAAGAUCCAAACAGACCAGAUUCGCUCCCUGGACGUGAAGCAACCCAUCCAAGAUGCGUUCAAUGACUAUGUCCAAGAAGUUCACAAGGACUUGGUUUGGACAGGAUCUUGCCAGAGCUGGUACAAAGACCGAAAGUCAGGCCGAGUUGUUGCUGUCUGGCCCGGAUCAAGUAUCCAUUUCAUGGAGAUGAUUGCUAACCCGCGAUGGGAAGACUUCGACAUCAAGUAUAUUAAUACGAAUCCAUUUUCAUUUAUGGGCAACGGAAUCUCUCAGCGCGAGGCGAAGGGUGAAGACCUGACGUACUAUCUGGAUGAUAUGGUCCCAGCGUGA